GCUCGACGCGACGCGACGCGACGCGACGCGCGACGCGGGACGCGCGUCGAUCGCGCGCGAGGCGACGUCGGACGCGCGCGUCGAGCGCCGCGCGCGUCGCGAUCGAGCGCGCGCGCGCGGCUCGCGAGAUUCGAACGCGCGAGAUUCGAUCGCGUCGGUUCGGCACCGCGCGACGCGCGCGGCGACGCGCGACGAGCGGCGCGGCGAGGGACGUCGGGACGUCGGGACGUCGACGGAGGCGAACGAUGGAGGGCGGCGCGUCGAUACGCGAUAAGGCGAUCGCGUUCGUGCGAGAGGCGGUGAGGGAGGACCAGGCUGGGGCGUACGAGGCGGCGUUUAAGUUGUACUUGGUCGCGCUGGAGCACUUUGGGGUGUAUUUAAAGUACGAAAAGAACCCGCGGAUGGCGGAGACGGUGCGAGGGAAGUAUAAGGAGUAUUUGGUGCGAGCGGAGGAGCUGCAGAAGAUCGUGCAGGGGCGGAAGAACGCGAAGGAGGUGAGCGGGACGGGGGCGAGCGGGGCGCAGAGAGAGAAGAGCGGCGACGCGGACGGGGACGCGGAGUUGGCGAAGAUGAAGGGCCAACUCGGUGGAGCGAUCGUGACGGAAAAACCGAACGUGAAGUGGGAUGACGUCGCGGGGUUGCAACUCGCGAAGGAGGCGCUCAAGGAGGCGGUGGUGUUGCCGGUGAAGUUUCCGCAGUUUUUCACCGGGAAGCGCAAGGCGUGGAGCGGGUUCUUGUUGUACGGACCCCCGGGGACGGGGAAGAGCUAUCUCGCCAAAGCCGUGGCCACGGAAGCGGAUUCGACGUUCUUCUCCAUCUCGUCGAGCGAUUUGGUGAGUAAAUGGAUGGGGGAGAGCGAAAAGUUGGUUUCCCAACUGUUCAGUUUGGCGCGCGAGCAGGCGCCGUCCAUCAUCUUCAUAGACGAGAUCGACGCUUUGUGUGGCGCGAGAGGGGAAAACGGCGAGUCUGAAGCGUCUAGACGCAUCAAGACGGAGAUUCUAGUUCAAAUGCAAGGCGUCGGUAACUCGUCUGGAAAGGUGUUAGUGCUCGCGGCGACGAACACGCCGUACGCGCUGGAUCAAGCCGUGCGACGUCGGUUCGACAAGAGAAUCUACAUCCCACUUCCAGACGAAGCCGCGCGCGCGCAUAUUUUUCGCGUGCACGUCGGGGAAACCCCAAACGAUCUCACGGAUGAGGAUUACCACGCCCUCGGCGCCGCCACGGAGGGCUUCAGCGGUUCCGACAUCGACCACGUCGUCAAGGAUGUCCUGUACGAACCCGUGCGCAAGGUCCAAGAGGCGACACACUUCAUCACCGUCCAGAAUCCACCCAACGCCCCCUCCGAGGACGCCCCCGAGACUGAGUACUACAUUCCAUGCUCUCCCGGCGCCGCCGGCGCGUGGCCGUCUUCGCUCGAGGAGCUCGCUCGACUCGGCUACGCCGCUCGCGUCCUCCCGCCCCCGAUCACCGCAAACGAUUUCCGCAAGGUGCUCUUACGCGCGCGACCCACCGUCGCCGCCGCAGAUCUCGAGCUUCACGAAAAGUUCACCCGUGAAUUCGGCGAGGAGGGCUAGUUCCUCUCCUUCGCUCGCUUG